UAACACUAGUUCACUCCCAGGAUAGUAGGAGAAAGCAAAAGCGAUGACCGAAAGCCAUACCCAUGAGAAGCCCAGGAUUCUGUGCCUCCACGGGUUCAGAAUGAGCGCUAAGAUCCUCGAGACGCAGAUCCAUAAAUGGCCCGAAUCCGUCCUGGAGAAGCUGGAUCUGGUGUACCUCAACGCCCCGUACCCGUCCAUGGGCAAGUCCGGUGUGGAGGGCAUCUUCGAUCCGCCCUACUUCGAGUGGUUCCAAGCCAAUCAGGAUUUUACAGAGUUCGAGAACUUUGAAGAGUGCAUCGAUUUCAUUGAAGAUUUCAUGGUGAAGAACGGUCCCUUUGAUGGUUUACUGGGUUUUUCCCAGGGAGCCGUUCUAGCUGCAGCAUUGCCAGGAAUGCAGGCAGAGGGUUUGGUGCUCACCAAGGUGCCCAAGAUCAAGUUUCUGAUUUUAAUUUCCGGGGCUAAGCUCGGCGGAUCGAAAUAUGGCGCACCUCCGCUGGCAGCUAAUGCGUUUUCCCCUCCUGUCAAGUGCCCUUCUCUUCAUCUUAUAGGCGAGAACGAUUUCCAGAAGCCAGAUUCGAUCGCUCUGCUCGAUUCGUUCGUGGAUCCGAUUGUCGUACAUCACCUGAGAGGCCACACAAUCCCCAUGCUCGAUGAUCAAAGUCUAGAGGUUGUCAACAAUUUCAUUGAGAAGAUCCGAAAUCACGCUACUACCACUGCACAGGUUGAUACGCGCAAUGCCAAGCAUUCCUUUCGGAGUCGAGUGUGAGUGCUAAGUAGAGAUCCUCUUUGGUGUGGUAGGCCCUUUGCCCUAGAAGGCGAUUGCUGUUAACUAUUAAAGGGGUCACAUGGUGACUUGGUAUUCAUGAUUCUACAAGAAUUUACAUGAAAAUCUCGCAUUUGCUUCCUUCAAUGGAAGUUUUAUUUUCUAGAACGCAUCACAAUUUUUGGUUGUGAUCAAUUCAAUCUCUGAUAAAAAAG